AUGGGAAAUACCAAAUUACCUUAUUUUAUGCUAAGCCUCUUAAUAUUAUUGCAUGGUGCAAAAGCAGAACAAUGUGGUAGACAAGCAAAUGGAGCAUUAUGCCCAAACAGUUUAUGUUGUAGCCAAUGGGGUUGGUGUGGUACCACAGACCCUUAUUGUGGUUCUGGUUGCCAAAGCCAAUGCAAAGGUUCAACACCUUCAAAUCCGUCACCACCACCUCCGCCACCAACACCUAUUGGUGGUGGUGGUGCCGGCAGUGGCGGCGGCGAUGUUGCUAAUAUACUUACUUCUUCUAUGUUUGAUCAGAUGCUUAAGCACCGGAAUGAUCCUAGCUGUCCAGGGAAAGGAUUCUAUACCUAUGAUGCCUUCAUUGCCGCCGCUCGCACUUCCGCUGGUUUUGGCACCACCGGUGACGACGCCACCCGCAAGAGGGAGAUUGCUGCUUUCUUGGGUCAAACUUCUCAUGAAACCACAGGAGGGUGGCCAAGUGCACCUGAUGGGCCAUAUGCAUGGGGAUAUUGCUUUCUUAGCGAAGUUGGCGCCACAGCAGAUUAUUGUGUUGCCUCCGACGAGUGGCCUUGUUCUCCCGGUAAAAAAUAUUAUGGAAGAGGACCAAUCCAAAUCUCUUACAAUUACAACUAUGGUCCAGCGGGUAAAGCUAUAGGAGUUGAUCUUCUUAACAAUCCUGAUCUUGUAGCCACAAAUCCAACCGUGUCAUUCCAAACAGCAUUAUGGUUUUGGAUGACACCGCAAGGGAGUAAACCAUCCUGUCAUGAUGUCAUCACCGGAAAAUGGACGCCGUCUGAUGCUGACAAGUCGGCCGGCCGAGUUUCCCGUUUUGGUGUGAUCACUAACAUAAUCAAUGGUGGAAUUGAAUGCGGACACGGGUCGGAUUCUCGGGUCCAAGAUCGGAUCGGUUUCUAUCAAAGGUAUUGUCAGAUGUUGGGAGUGAGCCCUGGAGACAACUUGGAUUGUGGCAACCAACGGUCAUUUGCUUAG